GCUCCGGCGCGCUAUUAAAGCCUCGAGUAGACGCGCGGCGCCGACACACGGUUCUGUCCUGGAGCGAGAGGUGAGACGAGCGACGACACAUGGAUUGAAGCGAGGACACUCACUUUAAAACCCGACCACAAACCACUUCACGGUGCGAUUGCACGUCUCUCCCAGACCCCGACGAGAGAUGUGGCUGCUGGAAAAGAUCCGCGGUUCAGUGGAGGGAAACGUUCUCCGGCAGGGAGACUCGGCUGACAAACAGAGCAAAGCCCCCACCUACUGCAAUGUCCUCACCCCUGACAAGAUUCCCGACUUCUUCAUUCCUCCCAAACUGGUGUGCUGCCCCCCAGAGGAGGAGACGCCGGAGAUGAAGCCAAAAAACGGCCUCCAUUCUUCCACGUCCGAGCAGACCAUAUGCUGCAAGACGCCGCAGGGUAGUCCGCGCAGCCCGCGCCUCAUUAACAAGCUGGCUGGAGACACCAAGAACUUGCUCAAAGCUGCAAACCGGCACAUCAUCCAGAUAGAGAGCGCAGAUGAUUUAGUGGUCGGGGACGUGGGAGACCUCAACACUAAUGCCGACCCCCAGUCCCAGACGGCCAUGUCCUUGCCCUACGUACCCAAAGCGCAAACCUCCUAUGGUUUCGCUACGCUCAUGGAAAGUCCUCACACGAGACGUAAAGAGUCCCUCUUCCAUAGCGACCCCACAAGUCCGCUCACCUCGCCCAACACCCAACGCAAAUCGCAGGGUAACCACUUAAACCCCAGCGACUGUAAUAUGUCCCAUUCCAACCCCUACCGGUACUUCAGCGGAGGGGAGAGCGACACUUGCUCCUCGGCCGAGUCCUCCCCGUUCAACUCCCCUCUGUUGUCCCGCUCCGCAUCCCUCCUCAAGAUGUUCACCCACGAAACCCAAGCCAAAGUGUCCCGGGCCAAGCGUUCCUUCGCCAGGCACAGCUCUCUCUCCACGGACGAGUGCAGCUCUGUGGAGACCAGCCCGAACAUUCAGAGGCGCCUGCGUUGCCCUCCUUCUCCGGCCUUCCGAGGACGGAAAUACGGAGGCAACAUGGAUCGCUUCACGCAGCACUCCGUCAAUCUCCACAAGGGAGGAACUCUGCGCAUCUGCACAGACUACGACAUCGACGCCUCCAGGCUUCACGUUCGCGUGCUGGCGGCCGAGGACCUCUACGACAAGCAGUGCGAUGCGAAGAGCAUCAACUGUUGCGUGGCUCUGUACCUGAACCCGGGAAAGCUCCAGAAACAGCGGAGCACCAUUAUCAAGAACAGCCGCAACCCUGUCUUCAACGAGGACUUCUACUUUGACUCACUUCCAGUUGCGCAGGUGAAAAACCUCGCCAUCAAAAUGAAGGUAGUCAACAAGGGCACCAGUCUGAAGAGAGAUACCUUACUGGGAGAGAGAGAGGUACCCUUGAAGGAGUUGCUUUCUGGGAUCUAGCGUUCCUCUAGUCACAUCGAUGCGGUCUUCAUCUAACUGAACCAGAAAAGGAAAUAUAAAAGUGAAUUGGUCCAUUUGGUUACAGAACUGUUUGCAGCUUCCCAACUUGUUUACCAGCAGUCAGUGUAUGGAUGUACAGUACUGUGUGUCUGAGAUAUUCUGUAAAUACGGCCCAUGAGUGUACAGGCAUGCUACAAUUGUAUGAGUUUCCAGGGUUCGUGUUUGUGUUGAGACCAAUGUGUUCUUGGUUCCAGACCCCCCCUGGGUCUCACCGUUGGAGACGCAGAUCAAAACAGAUCUCACACACAUGACGUAUCUCCACAACAAUAGCACAUUAGUAAACUGAUGCUUUGAAGUCACUUAAGGCCAGAGGCAAAUGCAUGCUUCUUCAGCCGUUUGAGCCUUAAAAGAACAAGAAUGACAAAUGUAUUUGUCCCCCCGUAACGCUGUAAUAACAGUGUUUCGCCUUAUGCCUCUUCAGUUCCACUCGGAUUCAAGACUGUGACAUUUCUCUCAAUCUCACUGUAAAACUGGACUUUUUCUUUUUUUUUUUUCAAACGCUGAAUCUGUGCAGUUAAAAACACCCUUCAGCCUUAUUGAGUGACAAGCUGCUCACUUUGAGUGACACAUAACUUUAGAGAGGGCGUGAUUCGUGAUUGGACAGAGCAUAUGGCAUCAUCGUGAAUGUCAAGACAAUGUGAUUUCUGUAAAUAGAAGACUCUUUUAAAUCUGCUCGUGUGUAGCUGCAUCUGAAAUCACUCCCUACUCCCUAUAAUGCCGAUUAAAUACUACACAGUUUAGAGAAAGAGCGGAAAAUACCACAGUAAACAAAAGCGCCAGAAAUGGCCGUGGUAUUACCGUGUUUUUUGGACAUGCUUGUGAAAAUGCUAUGCCAUUUUUUGCAGUAACUUCAAUUGGCAUGGGUUCUUGUGCAUGCACCAUAGUUUUGACAUUUACCAUGGUGAUUUAUAUGAAUGUUUUAGUCAUGCAGUACCAUAAUAGAUGUCAAAGUAUUGUAGUCUUACGAUACCUGAUCUGAUACCAUUGCUUUACCAUGGUAAUGUCAUUGUUUUUGGGCAUGUACUGUGGAAAUGCUUUGCUUUUGGACCAUUCUGAUACCAUAAAGUACCAUAUUUAAAUGGCAGUCUAUACAAUUAUAUUUUCAAGUGGCCCAUGUUUUUGAACAUGUAACCUAAAUAUACAACUGCCAUGAUACUGUUUAUAUGAAAGUAUUGCUUUACCGUGAUACUGUUUUGUAAGGUAUAUACUAGUAACCAAACGUUUCACAGGUUAAACUGUUAUACCGAGGCUAUGCUAACAUACACAAUGCUUGCAAAGAAGUUUCUUCAGAACAACAACGUGUGUGUUUACGUUCAUAAAGGACAUUAACGGUGCCCACUAGUGCGAUUUUAGCUUCAAUCUCAGGUUAGGGAACUUAUUGCAUUUUCGUAUAUAUAUAUGUGCACUUUAAUAGAGUACGUUGUCGAUUUGCAACCAUUUAUAGUGCAUUGUGGGUAUCGUUUAGUAAAGUAUUAAAUUGUUCAAUAAGAUGUGGGACAUCCCGCAGGAAACAUGGAGUUCUUUCAUUCAGCGUUUAUGUUCAAAACGUGUUCAGAUGAUUAUUCUUCUAUUAAAUAUGUGCACAGUUUUGGCAUGUUUAUAGUAGAUGUGUGUGUAGAUGUUUUCCGAUGGGAGCAGUUGCAUGGCAAAAUGUUCAAGCCCUCAUGUUUUCAUUUCCGUUGUUCUUGUUUCUAUUGUUAUAGUCAGAUGGUGAAGAUGUUAGGUGUGAGCUCACAUCUUUUCUUUACAUCAUCCCCUGUAUUGGAUCCGCAACGCUAUCACUAUUUUGAAUACUCAUUUUUAACAGCCACGGCCCAUUUUCUACAGAUUUUGUACAUGUAUUUUUCUCCACUGGCAUUUUGAGAAAAAGGUGUGAAAUAAUAAUAGGCUGAAAUGAAAAGUCUGUUUUGAAAGGUUUUAGGUAUUAUAUUUUUAAAACCCCGAAAAUGAAUUUUCACCUCGCCCUAUGGUUCCACUUUUAUCAUUUAAAGCCUACUCAGAUUAUUUUGGACUUUAAAAAGACCCUUGUGUAAGACAUUGUAAUGCGUCAUUAAUGGCAAGUUCUUUGUUUGACCUAAAGAGUGUCCGGUAAUAUACCUGAGAGCUCUUCAAUCAGGUUCCUGAGUGGAUUUACACAAAUUGCACCGCUGUAAGAAGUGAGACAGAUUGUCUCGCGGUUUUGGCUUCAGUUCAAGGUGACACAUCUGUGCGUAAAUCACUUACAUAUCCUUAAGGGUGAAGUGUGUAAUUUAUGUACCACAUGCGACACCAAAUGCAAUUGCAACUAGUUUUUCAUGCUUUGUUUCUCUAAUGGAAGUGAGUGAUUUACUUGUGCUGCAGGAGUUGUUUGUUGCCCCCACCGAAAAUAGUUUCACAAGUUUCUUUUUUCUUUUAUUUUGUUUAACAUGCAGACGAAUCGUGCACAAUACAACUGCGAUCACAGUAGCACAGUAGUUUAAACAUCUAUCGUCAAUGGUGCAGCCACGCGAAAUACGCCUCGCUUUCAAAACAAGCUUUUUUUCUGUUGCUCAACGUGACAAAACCUCAUGAUGAAAAUGCGUCUAGAUAGUACGCCAAAUAAAAACUCGUUUGGCGUGCAAAUAAUACGCAGUUUUCGCAUGCGUAUGAUUUGCUGGCGUGCAUACGAUAAAUAUGAUACGCGUCUACCCAACAGCCCCAAUCUUACCCAUCACGUAGCAUACACAUGCCAAAGCCCAUUUUUAUCUAUAAAAUGUUGUUAUUUGAGACGCAUUCAUGAGAUGGAAAAUUCCCAUUUACAAAAUGGCUGGACAAUGAAAAAAAUUAACUCAAAAAGACCUUAAGACCAGGAAAGCGCAUUAAGUGGUAGUUUUAAUUUCAUAUAGACUUCAGUUGCUCUUUUCGAUUUCGCUUCAUGAUAUAGCAUGUCGCAUUCUGUACGUUUAAAUGAUCUGUUUUAGUGCUAAACAGUCUUUCCCUUUAAAUGAUUUCGUCCCUUUUAAACGCAUUUCCGUUUUCCAUUUUUUCCUCAUUCAUUCAUUUGCGCCUGGGCUUCUUUCACCGUUCAUUGAAAGCACUUCCAUGUCACUUUCGCCAAGCCGAAAACAUUUAUUAUACAUUAAAGCGAAAAAAAAAAAAGCACUCUGAGCAAACGGUCUGCAAUUACUCUCCGGAUAUGAAUCACUCCAUAUGUGCUUCGUGUGAGUUUUUUUUUUCUUUCACUGUAUGCUACCAGGGCACAAUUGUUCAUUUGUUAAAUUAAUUUCAUUUCUAUUUUCAGCGCUCUUUAAAGAUGACCAGAUUGCAGGUGUAUUAGAUUUCCCCUCCGAGCCACGUAAAAAAAAAAAAAAAAAAAAAAAACUGAAAGUCUUAUUCCUCGCGGAUAUCGAGCUCUUUUGAUUGGCAGAGAAUUCAAAAUAGAAGAUGAGAAUUAGAUUCCAGUAGGGAUUCAAUAUGGGGGGUGUUAAAUCACAUCCGUUUCCGUAACCAUCUUCCUGUACGUGAGAUUAAAGUGUCUCGCACUUGUGUUUCGGAUAAGUCAUGGAGAGAUGAAGUGCCUAUCCACUGUACUUGAUUCCCGUUCCUUCCCUGAGCCCAUCACCAGCCGCAGCGUUCCUAUGCAUGUGUACAUAAACACCCCUCACCUUUCAAACCCCCGAAAAUCCACAUCCUUUUAAUAGUGUAGUGUUUCAGCUUGUUGUUAUUCUGAAGACGGAUGUGGAUUUGACUUGAUGCGUUUGUGUUUGUUUGUUUGUUUUAGCUCCUUUCCAGUGGUUUAUUCUCUGUAUCUGUAUCUCUCUGAUUUUCCAGACUGAUUUUCUUUUCAUAACUUGCUCUAUUCAUGCUGUUGCUUUGUCUACUUUCUUACGUUGCUCAAUAAAAGUUGUGAAGGUGGUGUACAAUGA